CCUAUCAAACGUGCUGGUGAUGCUGACUGUGCUCACUGAUCCCUCUACUCCCCCCCGCCCCCCUUCUGCUGAUGGACUGCGGUGGUCUGCCUGGGCUGUAUUUGGACAAUCUACAUCAGACAGAUGGCUGCAGAAGAUUCGGGGCUGAGAUGAGAUAAGCAUCCUCUGCCUCCGCCGAGCCUCUGCAGCGCCGAGCACGCAGCAGAGAGACGUUGUCACUUUAUAGCCGAAAACACCAGAAGAAAGGAAUUAUCAUUUUAUUUUGCCAGUGAGCUGUGGUUUCCCGGACAGGUUUUUGCCUCCUGUCUGCACCGACUUCUCCGCCUCGAUAAUGAUUGUGACGCUGUUCUCCAGAGGUGAUGUGAGCUGAAGUUGCGGGGAAGCCGCAGAGGAGCUGUCCGUUUGUCGAGGUGCUGAUGCGGCUGUGACAGAGGCGAGCAUGGCUGCCGGGAAGUUACUGCUCUACGCUGGACUGUCUCUUUCUCUUUGCGCCCUGGGAAUGCUAGCAGUGGCGAUGUGCUCAGACCACUGGUACGAGACUGACGCCAGGAGGUACAGGGACCGGUGCCGAAGCUUUUCCAGCCGCCGCAAGGACCCGGGCUUCAUCUACAUCCCCAACAACAGCCUGCCGCUGCGGGCCAGCAGGAGCAGCCUGCCCCGAUGGGAGGAGAAGCUGCUGCUGGCCCGGAACCGGCGACAGCUGUUCGCCAUGAGCGCCGCGGAUGAGUGCAACAGACAGUAUAACUCAACCAACAUGGGGCUGUGGAGGAAAUGCCACAGGCUUGGCUUCGAUCAAGAAAUGGAAGCCCUCAUCCAGAAAGGGUCCAUUGCCAGGUGCUCUUACAUCAAGUAUCACUACUCCUCGGCUACGAUACCCAAAAACCUCUCCUACAACAUCACCAAGACAAUAAGGCAGGAUGAGUGGCACUCCCUCCACUUGAGGCGAAUGACUGCAGGUUUCAUGGGCAUGGCGGUGGCCAUCAUCCUGUUCGGUUGGAUCAUUGGUGUGCUUGGCUGCUGCUGGAACAGAGGCCUCAUGCAGUAUGUGGCUGGCCUCCUCUUCCUCAUGGGAGGAACCUUCUGCAUUAUCUCUCUCUGUACCUGCGUUGCCGGCAUCAACUUUGAGCUUUCACGCUACCCACGGUACCUGUAUGGCCUGCCUGACGACAUUGGCCAUGGCUAUGGCUGGUCCAUGUUCUGUGCAUGGGGAGGCCUGGGCCUCACCCUCAUCGCAGGCUUCUUCUGCACCCUGGCUCCAUCUGUUCAGCCGAUCCCCCGAUCCACCUGCCCCAAGUCCAGACAGGAGAACGGCACCGUCUGCUAAAGCUGUCAGCCAUGAGAAGACUAACUGAACCCAUAGACUAACCACAAACAAACAGAGAAACUGCUCCAUUUGUUCAUCUGUCCGCUCAUCUCCCGUCUCUCCUGGUUAAAGAUUUUUUUAAAUUUAUGUGUGUGUGUUUAAAAAUGGGUGUCUUAAUGAUCUGCUAUUUUGAAAAUAACAGAAAAAAACAUAGGAACUAAAGAAAUGUUAUCAAAAAUUUGAAAUUCUAAUUGUUUUAUUGUUAUGACGCAGACACUGGACCAUGACCAUAAAAUGGUAAAGGAAAUUUGGGAAAAACUAGAUUGUGGAUGGUAAGUGGUUAUAACAAAAGAGGGCGAACUCCAGAUGGGAAGUGCCUCUAUUAACUGUGACUGUGGAGAUCUCAGUGACUCAACACUAUUGGAGUAAAACUAUAAGAUUGUUAAGAUCAAGUGAAAAUGUUGUGGAAGUUCCUCAUGGAGUUGGCCUCUUGGAGCCUCCUGUGGGAUAACGGAGCAGACAUGAAACUGUGUGACAUACUGAGCUCGGAUCAUGUUUGUGGCAACCUGCUCACCUCAAGUGUUUCAGGUCCCUCCAGUUAGUUCGGACGUUCAGGCAGCAAGAAGAUGAAAGAUCUCCACUGUUGUACAUAACUGUACAGAAUAUACCAGACAAAAGACAACCAAGAACUUUCAUGUUGGACCAUUUUCAUUCAGGUGUAGGUGCAUUCCAUUGUGUCUGAUGAUCCCAUUUAGCAUUUUAUACAUGCAUUCCACUAUUGGUCAAAGUGUAUUUCCUUUCUACUGGACCCAUCAUGCCGUGAACAAACUGGUGACUGAGCGUUCUUUCAGAGCAAAUGUUGUGUUUGUUUGAUUUUUCCCAUUCUAGUCAUAGAGGUAAAUGUGUGUCUGUGUGUCUGUGUGUGCGUAUGUGUGGGAGGCACUGUUUUGCAGUCUCUAUCGAAAAAAGUUGUAAAAAUGAUCAUAAUGACAAAGUGGAGCCCUGCCUUGUGGAUGUAUAAAGACAUGAGCUUUGAUGAACAGAAAGACAUAAUGGAAAGAUGUAGUAUCCUGUUUAACCCAACUGAGUUCUGCCUUGUCAUCUUUUCUACAGCAGACACACAGAUAAAGUGUGAUUAUGAAGAGUCUUUUUAAAGGGGGUAACAUUUUCAACUUUGUACUCUGCUGCCCUGA